AUGCCGACUUCUUGGACUUUUGUGCCGUUACAGGAAAAGGUUUAUGUGUUUCGGAAUGGAAAGAGAAUUGUAAUGAGUUCUGGGAAUCAUGAUAUUCUUCCCGAUGUUUGCGAGGUGGAGGUAAUAUCAGAAUCCGAUGUUUUAAGAAGUAAAAUCAAGUGGAAGAAAGAAGAUGGCGUUAGGGUUGUGUUUUCUGACCAAAAGAAAGUGGUUCUUAAAGUGUGUGACUUCAUUAGGAAUGAUAACGAAUUCUCAAGACAGUUCAAGGAUGUCACUACAGCAGAAAGCUUUGUUUCAACUUUUGAAAAGCGUACAUAUAUAAGUGCAUCAGAAAUGGAGACACAAGAACCGCUGUACAUGGCAGAAAUUGUAGACUUAAUUCCUGAUACACCUGUACCAUUCAAUAAACAGACAUCAUUGACCAGUUCCAAAAGGAAAACCCUGAUACCUGUUUUGAUGUCGCCAGUGGAACCAGCAAUAAAAAAAACUAACUCACUUGAAGAAAAAAUGCUUGAUGGAUUAUAUCAAAUUGAACUGAAGCAAAUAAGUGAAGCGCCUGAAAAUAUACGCCUCAGGGAUAUUGACAGUGACUUUGUAGAUCAGAUAAAGACAGAAAUGGAAUUAAGUGGGAACAUUGCUACCCAGCCACUAGCAUUGUGUAUACCAAACUUAAAAGAAGACGAAUUUGAGGAAUCAAAUAUCAACAAUUACGACUUUAUUUGCCUAGGUGGCAAUCAUUUAAGAUGUGCUUAUGAAAAGUUACAUAAGGAGCAUGCAUUUGCCAAAAUUUAUGUAGAUCUGACAGACGAAGAGUGUCUAAUUGUGGCAAAGUUUCACAAUGAAGUUGGUCACUAUGUUAAAGAGCUAACUAAUUUUGACAUGGUACAGCUGUUUAGAAGGCAACUGAACACAAAUUCAGCAGAGAGGGUGAACAAUCUGGUACAUAUAAAAGAAUGGAGAGAAAGAAUUGCAAAAUUACUUCCCCAUAAUAAGGACUUAAGAAGUUAUCAGCCAUUAACUAAUCUGGCUAUGAUGGGAAGCAGGGCUUACAGUAAAGUAGUUCAGGUGUUUCACAUGUACGAACAAGGUACAUUAAAAGAUCAGAAGCCAAUUAAGAAAUGUGAGGAGAUUAAAGAUUACAAGAAAUUGCAGAGGAAGAUGAUUGACCAUCUUGAUCAAGAGUGGGCAUCCAUCAAAUCACAAUACUAUGGAGGUGAUGAUACAGAAGCUGAAGCAGCCCUACAUCCCUAUUUAAGGUUAACAGAUUCUUCUGAAUUUGACAAUUAUAUAAAGAAGUUGAAAUCAGAAUCAAACAAUCUGAAGAAAAUGAAAACUACCACUGGCUUCAACAAAGCCGACUUGGUUUUUUUAGCAGAAAAUGAGGUAUCAGAAGAUGUUAUUAGAAGGAUACAUUCCAAAAAUAUCGAAAAGAAUGUGAAAAUGUAUACGAUUCUGUCAACAUCCGAAAUAAAAGAACAGGCAGAAAAGGUUGGCUAUUUUGCAUAUGGCAAAAUAGCCUACACCUUAGGAAAACAAUCAGCAGAUCAAGAACUUAGAGAGGUUCAUAUUAUGUAUGUGGCCCAAUUUGGAACCAAGAAUGUUCGGGUAACAGCUGGAAAUAAGCCGUCAGAAUUGCUUCAGUUGAAGGAUUUUUCCUCUAUGGACUCACUUUUUAAAAUGUUUAUCAGCGAUGGUGGAGUUAUUUUUCUGAUGGCUUCAGAAAAAAAGAACCUUUUACCUAACUUUAAUUUAAUAAAUACUGAAUGUUUUGUGCAUGUCAAAUCUGAAUCAGAAAAAAAAUCACUGAAAAGAAAAUUUCAUUUCAUAGAAGAAUAAGUUAUUAAUAAGUAUAUUUUCAGAUUAGUACCACAGAAAAUUCCAACGAUUAUGAAGCUACAUAUAGAUUCUUUGGUAAGCUUCCUUGCUACCUCAAUCAUGAAAUCAUUAUUAGGUUAGGUAAACAAGCCUAUGGGUGGAGUUAACAGUUUAAUAGAGAACCAAUCAGAACUAGUGUCAGAAUAUAAACAUUGUAAAACUAGUUUUACUGGUCAGUUUAAAAAGAAGUUUUCAAUCUAAAUUUAGAAUUUAUUGAUAAUUAUAAUCUUAUUCCCAAGCAUGCUGUAGGUGUGUUUGAUUUGCAUAUUUUAUUUCAAUCAAUUACUCAGUUAUAAAUUCAAGUAUGUGUAUGUACUUUACUAUGGUACAAUCACGGCGUAAAUGUAAGGUUUAUGACAUCCUUCUGUAGCCUUUGAAUCACUUCAUGGUUGAGCUAUUAACAAGGAAGCUAACCAAAGAAUCUACCUGUAGCUUCAUACUCGUUGGAAUCUGCUGUUAUACUUAGUAUAUAAAAGGGUUUUAAAUUAACACUUGAUAUUACAGGUUUAGUUUACAUGAAUUAACCAAAGGCUGGCAGAUGUGAUGUAAAAUUUGUUUAUGAUUAUUAUUCAAACUAUACUAAUAGUAAUGUAUAGAUUCAGAUUAACCACAUAAAAAGAAAUCCACAGACAUAUAUUUAGACCCUUAAAAAGUUUGCAUUGCAUGAAACAAAUUUAAAAAGAUUUAUGAGAUACUAAUAAGAUUUAUAUAGAAACAUAUUUUUACACAUUUUUAAUUAAAAUUCACAAUAUACAUGUAUACUAAGUAAGAGUAAUACAUU